UGUGUGCUUUUUUCCAUAGAUUUGCAGAUCUGGGGUUAUCAAGCCAAGCUGCGGGCUUAGGUAUUUGCUGCCGAGUUCAUUUAAGUAGGUUCUCAUCUCGGCAUAUGUCCGGUUUGAGUAUUCCUAUCAUUCACCGAAGAGCAAGCACCCGUCAACCUUCUCUUUUGAGCCAUUAUCUGCCCUUAUUAUAGUACUUUGCCCUAUAGAAAGGCAGAUGCAACAAGUACAAGUAAUGCACCUAAAUUCAACUGUGGCUUUAGCAGCAUCAGUCGACCCUUGCUCCGUCGGCCCCGGUGGUCACUUUCUUUCACUCCACAUUCCCGAGCCUCCUGCUCAAGCUCGUCCGUACAAAGGGGGCCUCGAAGUACCCGGCCUAUUCUGUUCCACAAGAUGGCUUCCUUCACGUCACCAACCAUCUUCUGUCUCACGAGCCCAGCGAUCUUUUCCUAUAUCCUCCAUGGACCGAAUCAACCCGCUCGAAUUAAUGCGCUUGGCAAUACAAAAAGCAUUACCAAAUAUUACCGUCGAGUCUGUUAGCCCGUUACCGUCCUGUCGGCUUCUAAGAUUUUUCAACGUUAAGAUCUCGGAUGGUAGAACAUUAGUUCUCAGCCUGCCACCGCCUCCGACGCUGAGGUUACUCCGGUCUGAAAGGGGCUUGAAUCUUUCAGAGACCCUUGUAACAAAGUGGGUUCUCGAAGCAGUCCUUGAGCCUCCCAUUAAGGCUGAGAAUAUAACCCGGAGAAAUAUCAGCUCCGAUAAACACGCUCAAGGCACAUCGGUGAAGGAUGAACUAGAGAGUAGCUUUGAGAGAGAAAUAAACUUGAGACGAGAUGUGCUUAAGUAUCUUCCCGUCCUCGUCACCCAUGUCCCUUCGUCAACGGAGUUGGGUUCUCCAUUCAACAUCUUCGAGCCGGCAAGAGGGGUCACGAUCCGUGAACUCCCCACGCCCUUAACGCCAUCCGAGAGAAAUAGGAUAGACUUUCAAAAAGGCCAACUCGUACAACAACUUUCGAGUUUUGUGUCACCGGAUGGGCUCUUCGGACCGGCCACGGCGGUUAUCAGUCCACAGCCACCGUCCACCGACUUACACGCGGCGCAACUGGCUAACCUCGGCCUUCGUAAUUCGAGAACAUGGAAACAAACUUUUCAUUCUCUCCUAGAAGGCGUACUACGAGACGCGGAGGAUAUGGCCGUUACAAUCAGCUACGAGCCAAUCAGAAGCUAUUUUAAUAGACUAGGCCAUCUCUUGGACGGUGUAACUACUGCCCGGCUGGUAAUACUAGACGCUGCCGAUGACUUGAACAUACUAGUAUCACGGACUUUAAACCCGGGUAUAAGCAAAGACGAAAACAACAAACAGUUAAUACACACCCAAGAUAUAAAACAAUACAAAACAGAAGACAUAUUCGAAAAAACAACCCCAGAACAAACCCCAGGAGGCACGGGCAAGGGCAUAGAACCACCACCCGACGCAAAUCACCACCCCAUCACCGUCACCGGCCUCCGCGACUGGAGCAACAGCAUCUUCGGGGACCCUCUCUUCAGCGAGAUCUUCAGCCAAGACCCCACCCCAGACUUCCUCCGCGGCUUCCACCACCCAUCCCACUCCAACCUCAACCUCAACCUCAUCGACGACCCAGCCAGCGCGUCCGCGCGCCUCCUCCUCUACGAAUGCUACCACGCGACCGUAGGCGUGGUGCAGCAGUUCUACCGGCCUGGCCCCAGCAGCAGCGACCGCGAGAUCGCGGCGCGUCGACGGCUGGCCGCGGCGCUGAAGCACCUGGACGACGUCGACGACGAGAUCGUGGGGAAGCGCGCGAGGAGGCCCAGUGCGAACGUCGAGGCGUGGCCUGUUAAGAGGAGUAGGGGGGAAGAGGGUGGGGAAGGGGUUGGUGUAGGAAAAGGGGAUGGGGGGACAGAAAGGGGAAGGAUAAAGGAGGAGGAAGAGGGGGGAGAGGAGGAAAGGCAAAAGGAAAAGGAAAGGGAAAAGGGAAAGGUAUAUCAGUCGAUUGAGAAAGAUGAAGAUAUACGUGGGCCUUGAUGUAUUUAAUCGCUGGUCUUGUAUAUAGGAGGGAUAUUAAUUACAUAGGUACCACCUAACCUAGAUAAGUAGCUGGCGACUACUUUAUGGCUAAGUAUGGAUGGAUAUAUAUAUGAUAAUAUGAUACAGGUAGGUACCUACCUACCUAAUCUAAUCAUAAAGAGAAAGCUUACCAUGCUAUAUCGUGCAGUGCCGUGC